AUUGUUGCAGUGGCAAGCUGGUUUUGAGUACUACCAUCCACAAGUUGUAUAACUCUAAAAUGGCAGUUUGGGUCAAUACUUUCUGUACAUCCAUACCAGAAGCGGCAAUAAGGGCAGGUUACGAAGCUGACGGUAAGCCCCUUUAUAUUGCUCGAGAAUCAAUGGACGGUGUAAUGACGCCUGGUAAAUGUGGACCUCAUCUUCACAGGGCCAAAAUUCCUUAUGGCGAUGAAGAACGUGACGUCAACAACUACGAGGUUUUGGUUCUUCCAAGCGAUAAAGACGGCUAUUACGAAUGGAAGAAAGCAAGUUAUGGUAACGUACCCGUCAAUGCCUACAGUACCGACGAUGGAACGUAUAUUGGCCGCGCAGAAUAUUCCGGAAGUUUAAUCCCAGGCAAAGUUCACGCAUCCCACCAGUGUACUUAUGUGCCCUAUGGAGGGAAAGAAGCAAAACAAAGCCACUAUUAAGUUUUUUGUCGGGUUAUUUAAAGCCUGCUUUGUCUCUUGAACAUUUCAGAAGAAAAGAUUUUAUAUGAAUGCUGUCGAGUUAGACUCGUGCUUAAAACUUUCACAAUAUGUUUUAACCUUUACUACUGUUCCUGUUUA